AUGCGUCGCACGUGUAUCUUUGGUGGCCUCAGCCAUCCAGAGCUGACCGACUUCAUCUGUGAGAAGCUCGGCAGGAAACCCGACAAGGUGGAGCUUAGAAAGUUCGCCAACGGAGAGACGAGCGUGGAGAUCAAGACCUCAGUGCGCGACCAGGCCGUCUUCAUCGUCCAGAGUGGAUCUCACAAGACCAACGACGAUGUCAUGGAACUCCUCAUCAUGAUUGCCGCCUGUAAGGGAGGCUCGGCCAAGAGCGUAACAGCCGUCAUGCCCUACUUCCCCUACUCGCGCCAGUCCAAGAAGAAGAGCCACCGCGGAGCCAUCACUGCUCGCAUGAUCGCCAACUUGAUGCACGUUGCCGGCGUCAAUCACGUUGUCACCAUCGACCUUCACGCCAGCCAGAUGCAGGGCUUCUUCAAGUGUCCAGUCGACAAUCUGGUAGCCGAGCCUCUCCUCGCUCGCUGGAUCCGCAGCACUGUUGAGAACUGGAAGGAGGGUGUUGUUGUUAGCAAGAACCCUGGCGGUACCAAGCGAGUAACAUCACUGGCCGAUGCCUUGAAGUUGAGCUUCGGUAUCGUCACCACCGACACGAGACGUCCAAACAUGGGUCAGAGCAUGUACAACUCGCUCGAAACCACAAUCACCCUCGUCGGCAACGUGCGUGACCGUCCCGUCUUCAUCGUCGACGACAUCAUCGACAAGGCCGGCUCAUGGAUCGCCGCAGCCGAGACGGUCGUCAAGAGAGGUGGUGCCACAAAGGUCGUCUGCAUGGCCACUCACGGUCUCUUCGGCGGUGACUGUCUCCGUGAAAUGGACGAGUGUGAAGAAAUUGAUGCCAUUGUUGUCACAAACGCCUUCCCCAUCCCCAAGGAGAAGCGCGAAGGUAUCCGCAAGCUGGUCAUCUUGGACGUCAGCACUCUUCUCGCCGAAGCCAUCCGUCGCAAUCACCACGGCGAGAGUAUCAGCCAACUCUACAUGCAUCACGAUUAG